UUUAUAUAUCCCCAGAUUCACCAAAUCGUUCCAUCGAAAACCUUUUCCUUCAAAAAAUUAUAGCUUUCGAGCAAUCGAAACACUCAUUUUCUCAUCAAAUCGUUUUGACAUAUGGCUCGUACCAAGCAAACUGCUAGAAAAUCAACCGGUGGUAAGGCUCCGCGUAAGCAGCUGGCCACUAAAGCUGCUCGGAAGUCAGCACCGGCGACCGGAGGAGUGAAGAAGCCUCACCGUUUCAGGCCAGGAACUGUAGCUCUUAGGGAAAUCAGGAAGUACCAGAAGAGCACCGAACUCUUGAUCCGAAAGCUUCCGUUCCAGAGGCUUGUGAGAGAAAUCGCUCAAGAUUUUAAGACUGAUUUGAGGUUCCAAAGCAGUGCCGUUGCUGCUCUUCAAGAGGCUGCUGAAGCUUACCUUGUCGGACUGUUCGAGGAUACUAAUCUAUGUGCUAUUCAUGCUAAGAGGGUUACCAUUAUGCCUAAAGAUAUCCAACUUGCUAGGAGGAUUAGAGGAGAGAGAGCUUCUCUGCAAAUCAUUAAUGAAAUUCUAUGGAAUUUUAACGGUUUCAUGAAAUUGCAACAUAUUCUUCAAAUUGCGAGAGAUAUGCAGCACAUAGACACAUUGGGACAAUUGCGGAUUUCAAAUUCUAUUGUUCCCCACAGUGUUCAACAAAUGGCUCGUACCAAGCAAACUGCUAGGAAAUCAACCGGCGGCAAGGCUCCACGUAAGCAGCUAGCCACGAAGGCUGCUCGGAAGUCAGCUCCGGCGACCGGAGGAGUGAAGAAGCCUCAUCGUUUCAGGCCAGGAACUGUAGCUCUUAGGGAAAUCAGGAAGUACCAGAAGAGCACCGAACUCUUGAUCCGAAAGCUUCCGUUCCAGAGGCUUGUGAGAGAAAUCGCUCAAGAUUUCAAGACGGAUUUGAGGUUCCAAAGCAGUGCCGUCGCCGCUCUUCAAGAGGCUGCCGAAGCUUAUCUCGUCGGACUGUUCGAGGAUACUAAUCUGUGUGCUAUUCAUGCUAAGAGGGUUACAAUCAUGCCCAAAGAUAUCCAGCUUGCUAGGAGGAUUAGAGGAGAGAGAGCUUAGGUCAGCUUGUUUUUAGUUGAUUGAUGUUUAGGAUUUGAGAUCUAAGUUUUUUGCUCAUUUUAUUGUCUUUGCAGUCUCUGCAAAUGUUCGGUGUAAAUCGAUGAAAAUUUAAUGGAUGCUUUACCAUCAUGAA